AUGGCCUCCCCGACCAAAGCCAAGUCGUCCAAGAUGGCGACGGCAGCAGCAAUCCUGCUGCCGCUCCUCCCCUUCGGCUUCCUGCAAUGGCAGAACAUCAGCUCCAAAUUCAACCUCCACAACAUCGACAUCACCAUGCCCUCCUUCUCCUCCGCCACCACCGCUUCCCCCAACACCACCUUCACCGCCAUGGCCGCGCAAUACGCCGCCGCCUGCCCCGCGCACACCAUCAGCCCGCACAUCUUCAGCAGCGACCCGCUGAUCAUCUACGUCGCCGACUUCCUCACAGCGGCCGAAACCUCGUACCUCCUCAACCUCGCAACACCCUACUACCGGCAGUCGCCGGUCUCGAAGGGCUACGCGCUGGAGACGUACGACCGCGAGAUCCGCAGCAGCAUGUCGGCCGUGGUGCCCGACGAUCCCGUCGUGGCGUGCGUCGAGCAGCGCGCCGUCGACUUCCAGGGCUUCGCCCCGCGCGACCGCCUCGAGGACGUCCAGGUCGUCAAGUACGGCGUCAGCGACCACUUCCGCCCGCACUUCGACUGGUUCGCCGGCAUGGCGAAUCCGCGCGUCUCGACUUUCUUCGUCUAUCUCGCCUGCGAUGAUGGAGAGACGGGGAGUGGCGAGUGUCAAGGUGGUGCGACGCAGUUCCCGCAUUAUGAGGGCAGGUUCCCGGCAAAGUGGUGUGGGUGGAUCGAUUGUGAGGAUGAUUCGGGCGUUGGGGGUGUGGCGUUCGCGCCGAAGGUGGGGAAUGCGGUGUUUUGGGAGAACUUGUAUCCGAAUGGGACGGGCCAUCCGGGUGUGUGGCAUGCGGGCAUGCCGGUGAAGAAGGGGAGGAAGGUUGGGUUGAAUAUCUUUACGAGGAGGGACAAGUGGGUUCCCGAGCAGCAGUAA